UAUAAAAAAAUUAAAAUAUAAAUGAAAGGAUUAUUAUUAUUAGCCUUAGCAUCUUUCACCUUACUUUCAGUUGGACCAAUAUUAUUGUUAUCACCCUAAACUCCCCUUAUUCGUAGUUCUUAAAAUGUCAACUACGUAUCUGAAUUCGAGAAUUUCAACUUUAAAUAUAACAAACAAUACUAAUCUUAAUAAUAAUAUUAAUACCGUCUUUAAGUUUUCACCGAAAAUUUAAAAUACAUUGAAUAAUAAAACAAGAAAAGCCAAUCUUUCACUUUAGGAGUAAAUAGUAUAUCUCAUUUAACUAGAGAAGAAUUUAUUUAAACUUACUUAGGUUUGAAUAUCAUAAAUUAUUAUCCAGAAAAUAUUUCUUAAGAAAUAGUUAAUGUAGAAGACUUACCUGAUAGUGUUGAUUGGAGAACUUAAGGAGCAGUUACUCCUGUAAAAGAUUAAGGCUAAUGUGGUUCUUGUUGGGCUUUUUCUACAACUGGAUCACUUGAAGGUGCCAAUUAUUUAUAAAACAAAACUUUAUCAGCUUUUUCUGAAUAAUAAUUGAUGGAUUGUUCUUGGCUAUAUGGAAACUUAGGAUGUAAUGGAGGUCUUAUGCCCCGUGCUUUCAAAUGGGUAGCCUCUCAUGGAGUUACUACAGAAGAUAAAUACCCUUAUGAGGCAAAAUCCCACUUCUCAUGCAAAAAUAAAAAUGGAGAAUUUAAAAUUUCCUCCUAUUAAGAAAUUCCAGUUGGAGACUGUGAUGCUUUAGCCUAAUCAGUUAGUUAAAGACCCACUUCUAUUGCCGUAGAUGCUUCUAAUUGGUAAAGUUAUUCUUCUGGUGUUUUCGAUGAUUGUGCUACUAGAUUAAAUCAUGGUGUUUUGGCUGUUGGAUAUACUUCUGAAUAUUGGAUUGUUAAAAACUCAUGGAAUACUUCUUGGGGAUAAUAAGGAUAUAUUAACUUGAAAAGAGGAAACACUUGUGGAUUGUGCAACUCAGCAUCUUACCCUGUAGCUUGAUUUUGAUAAUGAGUUAAUUAUUAAAAAUUACAUACUAUUAUAUAUAUUUAAAUAGUUACAUACUAUUUUUUUUUUAAAAAAAAAUCAUUUAAUUUUUUAUAAAUUGUAAGUGGUUUUAAUAAUUUUUUUUGUCUAAAUUAUGUUCUUUUUAUUAUAAUUUUUUAUUUUCUUUUU